AUGCCUGACUGGACUGAGCUACGCGGAGCUAUCACAGAUGGUGACGUUCUCAUGCCGUGGGAUGAUGGAUAUGCCACGCGCAUGAAGAGAUGGAGCGAGGCUGCUGAGAUCAAAUCGGCUGUGAUUGUUAGCCCGACAUCUGCCGAAGAGGUCUCUGUGGCUAUCAAAUUUGCCGUUUCAAACAAGCUCCCACUGGCUGUUUGUGGCGGUGGCCAUUCGACAAGCGGGAUGUCAUCGUCAGAAGGUAUGGUUAUCCAUCUUGGGAAACUGCGAAAAGUUGAAGUCGAUCAAGCCAAGAUGACCGUGUCUUUUGAUGGUGGAUGCCUUUGGGGUGAUGUAGAUAGUGCUCUAGAGUCUUGUGGACUAGCUACUGUUGGCGGCGCAGUGAACCACACUGGUGUAGGAGGGCUUAUAUUAGGGGGAGGCCACGGCUGGCUGACAGCAAAAUACGGCCUCGCAAUUGACAACCUCAUAUCAGUCCAAAUAGUCACAGCAGAUGGAUAUAUUCUCGAAGCCUCCGGGUCAAAAAAUCCAGACCUUUUCUGGGCCGUCCGUGGAGCUGGAGCUCAGAUCGGAGUCGUUACGCGAUUCAAGUCCCGCGUCUUUAAGCAGGGAUUGGUCUGGAGUGGAACUCUGACAUUUGCACCUGACAAGCUGCGCGAGCUGGUGGCAUUUUCAAAUGAGUUUCACAAUCGAAAUCAACAAGAGGGCCACUGCUUAGCUCUAGCUGUUGGGUACACCCCGGAUGGGGCAAACCGGGUCCUUUCUGCUAUCCCACUUUACCACGGACCAGAGUGGGAAGCGAAGAGGUACUUUUCAAACCUUUUGAGCAUCGGAUCUAUUGCAAACUGCACAAGCAUGAUGUCUAUUGCCCAGAUCAACACCCUACAGAACUUAAUGUGCGAAUACGGCAUUCGCCGCCUCCAGGGCUCUGGCAAUGUGACGAUGCCGCUCCACGCAGUCGCUUUUCAACAAAUCGCGGACUCAAUCUGGUCAUUCCACGACAUGUACCCUGACUUGCGCCAAGUGCCUCAAGGUGCUACCGCGUACGCCAAUCGUGGAGCGUACUACGAUGCUGUUACUAUGUUUGGAUGGACCAACCCCGCACUAGAUGAGACUGUUCGGCGGUUUAACUCAAAGUUAUGUGCCCAGAUACGCCGUGAGAAUGGACACGAGUGGGUAGGGCAUGAUAGGCGGAACAACUUCGGAGAAGAGCCGGUGGGACGCUAUCUCAAUAUGGAAGCGGACCUAUUGACGCCGGUUCAAGCAUAUGGCCGAAAUUUGGAGAAAUUGCAGAAGACGAAGAGGAAGUUUGAUCCAGAGAACAUUUUCGACAAGUGGCAUGGGGUGGUUGAGAAAGUGGAAAGAGAGGGCUAG